CAGAGGAAAAAAGAGGGGCCAUUAAGAUGCCUGCAGUGGUCAGGGGUCAUCAGAGGGCAGCUGUCCACUAUAAAAGGCCUGUCUGCAGCUCCAUCUGCACACAACAUCAUUUGUGCCCGAGAGCAGCUGGAGGAAGGACGGACCGCGGCAGAUCUUUGCGGAUUUUCAGCUAAAAUGGAGAGCAGGGUCCUGGUUGUUUUCUGCACGCUCUCCUUCUGCUCCUCUGGAGCCGUCCUCUCGGCUCGGGCCCGUAGACAUCACACACACCUGGAGACGAGUUCAGCUCCCAGAAAUCAUUCAACUAAUCAUCACGGCAGAUACCCUCUGUACAUGAUGCAGCUGUACCGCUCCUUCAGCGCUGCCGACUCCAUCGCCUCCCUGGCUGUCGGCACCUUUCCAGCAGCUCAAAGGGACCAGGCGUCGGUUCGCAGCUCUGAUUCCGUCCUGAGCCUAGUGGCCAAAGGCUGCCAUCAAGUGGGCGACAGAUGGACGGUCACGUUUGACAUGUCCUCCAUCCCCACCGGUGAGUUCAUCCAGCUGGCAGAGCUUCAGAUCCGACUCCCGGCUUUCUCUGCCGCCCAGCGCGCCUCUCUGGAUUUAUAUCACUCCCGGAAACACAGCUGUGACCCGGACGGAGCUUCGUGCCAGGAGGAGGUUGUCUUCCUGGGGAGCUUUGGGACCACGCCGGGCGGCACAAAGUCUUCCUGGAAGGUAUUUAAUGUGACAGCUCUCUUGAAAUACUGGCUUUACCAGGGAGAUGAGGCGUUGAGCCAAGAGUCCUCAGGGGAGCCCGAGAAAGCCGACGGGAGCGGCGCCGGCGAUGAGGGCAGCUGGGGAACGAGGCACAGAAAAGUGCAACAUCCAACCACAAAUCGGGUGAUGAUGGUUGUCUUCUCCAAACACAACCUGCCCCAGGAUGCCCCCGCAGCCUACAGUCUCCUUCACACUGUAGAGAACUCCAAGUACGCGACGGCCAACAGGGUCAAGAGCGACAAUCAAAGCCGGCGCCACAAGAGGAACCGAAUGGAGGCCCUGCGAGUGACGGACCUGGCUUCACCCACCGUGGGCCCCGCAGCGGAGCAGGCUCAGGGACCGCUGUGUCGCAGGGUGGACAUGUGGGUAGACUUCGACCACAUCGGCUGGGACGAGUGGAUUGUGCAUCCGAAACGCUACAACGCCUAUCGCUGUGAGGGAGAGUGUCCCACACCGCUGGACGAGUCCUUCAACCCCACCAACCACGCCUACAUGCAGAGCCUGCUGAAGCACCACCACCCUGGAAGAGUGUCGUGCCCCUCGUGCGUGCCGACGCGCCUCACCCCGCUCUCCAUGCUGUACUACGAGAACGACGACCUAACCCUGCGGCACCACGAGGACAUGAUCGUUGAAGAGUGCGGCUGCCACUAGAAGCCCACCAUCAUCGAGACUAAGGCAAUGGUUUUCUCCCACUCUGCUAAACUACCAGAAAUCCCUCUGUUCCUUACCAUUGCAGUAGGUGCACAAAUUGAGUUUGUUAGUAAUUAUAAAUAUCUUGGUUUUAUUCUAGAUAAUGAACUUUCUUUUAAAAAUCAUAUAGCAAAUCUAUUACGAACAUUGAAAAUGAAGAUUGGG